AUGACGGUGACGUUGUCCCCAUACGCCGAAACCGAUUUUCCACACUCUAGAUCUCACGGGAUGCCUCUCUUAGCCUCCAAUUUCCGCAGCAAUGGUGCGAAGGGUAAAGUAUUCACACCUCCAAUUAAAUAUCAACGUAACACAUAUUCACAGCUGGAAUUCAUCUUUAGAAUUGAUAUAUUUGAUGUUAUAAGUACGAAAUAUAGAAUUAUCUCAUUUUUCUUGGACAAGUCAUUGCUUCAAGUCAUUGAAGCCGAUCCAAUGCAAACUGCACGUCAACUUGCGGCACAGUUUGGCGCCUUCCAUGUCAUGAUCAUCAACAAUCUGCAUCGUCUCGGCAAGGUCAGCAAGCUUGGAAAAUGGGUGCCACAUGAAUUGACUGAAGCGAACAAACAAGCACGUGUCACUGCCUGUCAAAGUCUGCUCUGGCGAAGCGAGAUAUUCGAUUGCUUGGAGUCAGUAAUCACUAUGGAUGAAAAGUGGGUUCUGUACUCCAGCGUGAGGCGCAUACGAUCCUGGUGUAGCAAACGUCAACAGCCAGAACCUUCGCGAAAAGGACCGCUUGUGCAAGAGAAAGUUAUGAUCUCAGUUUGGUGGGAUUGCCGUGGUGUGAUCAUGUUGGAUCUUCUCCCACGCAAUACCACCGUUAACAAGAAUGUCUACUGCGAACAAAUCGACCGUCUAAAGAUCGCGCUGUUCGAAAAACGCUAA